AUGCAGCCUAAUCCGGUUAUCAGUCAGGCGACUAAUUGCAUAGAAUCUGCAGCCGACUUAAAUAUGCCAGAUAUGCCACCAACGCAGGGUGCACGGCGCCGCCAUCGGACGUUUACUCUCAUCAUUGUGAUACAGGGCUGCUGGAAAUGUCGAUCACGUAAAGUGAAGCGGUCCACCCAGGCUGACCCAUUCAGUGUGACGAGACACGUCCGUGGUGUCUCAAUUGUCGACGCAUCGGCAUCCAAUGCUCUGGCUACGAUUCUAAGAUCGCAUGGAUGGAACAAGACAAAUCAAAGCCUUUUCAAACCGAUGGGCGGCGUAUUUUGCGCAGCGGUCCUAUUCGUGGACGUCCCUGAAUUAACAUGGGCAGGGUUUGAAACUUUAUCUAGCGAACUUUUGGACCUCCUGAUAUUGUCUUGCGAUGACAACCCUUGUCAUACCCAAGCCUACAUCUAUCGUGAGCGAUCAUCUUGGACGCCUAAAUGUCAUAACCCAUUCUCAGUGUUUUCAUCGAGGCCUGAAAUUUUGACACCAUUGAGAAGCUCCCUUAAUCCAACGCUUUUGCAGGAGUUGAAACCUCCACCGCAAGGCCUUGAUUCAAUCACGGGUCCGCUCCAGGACGAGCGUUUCUUAUUCCAUCACUACGUCACCCACGUAGCUUCCAUAAUGCUCCCUUACGAACAUCCUUACAAUCCAUGGCAAUGCUAUUGGGCCACUGCCGCUUUACAGCUUGCAUUAUCAGGCCAGAAAGUCCUCUAUAGGGCCAUACUAGCCCAUUCAGCUUUCAACAUCGCCCAUUUGCUUGGAAACGAUGCCAAGAUGGCUAACAUUGCGCUAAGGUACUACAAUGCGGCACUGUCGCAUCUAACACAUGAUUUGGUGCAUAGCAAAACCGACUCCUCGGCUAUGCUAGCUUCUAUCAUGAGCUUGAUGUUUGCUGAGGCCUAUCGCGGUCAUUCCACAGACUGGAAACACCACUUACGCGGAGCAAGGACGCUUCUUUGGUCGUACGGUGAGGCCUACCCCUGGAUCUUGUCAGACUUGGCUCGUUCUUCCCUAGAAAGCCUCGGCGUGAUAGAGAUCAUCGCCGGAUCCUCUAAAUGGUUCAAUCGCUCUGAUUUCGAGGCUAAUCGUCAGUCACCUGACGCUGGGAACCCGGAUCCUUUGGCGAUGUUAUCCACACCUGAUUUCAUCUUCACUAUCGGGGCGCCACGCUGCGUUUUGGAAUGCAUCUCCAAAAUCACGCACUUUAGCCAAGCACCACUUGGUGACAUAUCUCGGACAACGAGCAAUGAGCUUCUUCACGAAGUCCUCUCAUGUCUCAAUUCAGUCCAAAGUAACAGCAGUUUCAUUCCCAACAAUCCUCCAGAGGCCAAGCAUCAAGCAAAAGCAUUCAUAUCUGCGACUUAUAUUUACUGUUACCGAACAUUGCUUGAUGUACCCCCUCACGCCAUUCAACAGCAUGUCCACGAUACCUUGGGUCACGUGUCAGCCUUUCUCGCCAACAGUACUGGGAACUUUUCUGCAUGGCCAGCCUUCAUCGCCGCAGCCGAGGCAUACACACAGGAAGAUUUGGCGACAGCGCAAGAAUGGGUUAAUUGGGCGACAUCUUUGUCCUUUAUGAAAUAUGGCGAAGACGCGAGGUAA